UUUGUUAAUUUUCAAAAAAGGUAUAUUUUUUACUUAAUUAAUAAAAUAGAAGAAAUCUUUGAAUUCUGUUGAAAAAAAAAUUUUGAAAUCUUCUUUCGGUCAAAACAAAUUAUUCAGCGUGAAGGAGUUGGGAUAUAAGUAAUCCACAUAUUAAGAUAACCGAUUAUGCGCAGAAACUUGCAGAUAAAUCGCGCGAAGCAGUGAUAGAAGAACCACGAAGAACUCCACCAUGAAUGGUUCUCUGGUUGCGUUCCUCUUGGUUACAACAAUUGCUUGCAUUCCCAUUGCAACAAGCGUUCCUGCAUCGUCUAAAGUGCAAGUUCAAUACAGUUGGAAGACAUUUGUCUUUGAAGAUCUACCCCACAGUCCUUAUGCGAAAGUUGAUGGAUACGAUUACUACAUCAGCAAGAAUAUUCUCCCAACUGGAGUGUCUUACCACGACACAACCAAUUGUUUGUUCUUCCCAAUUCUAAGAUGGCAUCGAGGUAUUCCAGCUACGAUAACUUACAUAAAUCCCGCACUGUACAAGGAUGGUUCUUCACCUCCUUUGAGAGCUUUUCCCACGUAUGUGGAUAAUUAUCUUCCUGGGUGGUUUGGUGUGAAUGAUCUUGAUGCGUAUGACUACAACAUUUAUGCUACUGAUGUGAAUACAAAGAGAAAUGCUAAAAGUGGUGAGAAAAUUGAGGAAGAAGUUCUUUCUGAAACGAAAAUUCAGGAAGAAAUUCCUGCUGCAGAGGAAGAUGUGAAGAAGGAUAAUGAAGAAGAAGAUGACGAUGAAGUUAGGAAGAAGCAUGGUACUCACCAUAAGCCCAUCCACAGUCAUGGACAUCAUGGUGGCCAAUACGUUGUCCAAGUACCUGUUCCGGUACCAGCACCUCCUCCUAAAAUUACAACAACAACAACAACAACAGCUCCUGUUCCAACUUACAAACCAUCCUACAAGCCAUCCUACAAACCUCCCUAUAAACCACCACCCCCUAAGAAUCCUACCCGUGAUGUUUAUCACUUUAUUUCGGUCUACUUUACCUCGGCAAAUGAGAAAUGCUCCCGCCUCUUCUUCCUCGAUCAUGGAACGGUGGUUUACGAUAAUGUAGAAAUCUUCAUUCGUCGUCCUAUAAUUUGGGCUUUUGAUAUCUACGAAUGUAGCGAUGAAGGCUUCGGUUAUCCACCUGCCCUCAGAGUCUCAAUACCUGAUAGUGUUGUUGAGAGACCUGCAGGAAUCUCAUACUUCGGCAUUGAUAUGUACGGCAACUGUGCAGAAUUCUACGUCUACAUAACAAAUUGCUUUGAUAAUCGAAUUGUUGUCUAUGACAAUGUCAAGAGGAGCUUCUGGUAUUUUGAACAUGACACCUUCAAGCCAGGAGCUGAGAGAUCAUUGUAUCCUGGACCUCUACCUCCGGAGGAUUCAUAUGAUUUUGGAAUAUUGGGCCUAAUAAUUGCUGGUGAGAAUUCAAAUUCCUACCGGGAUGUUUUCUACUCACCCGGUUCAAGUUACGGGCUCUUUAAGACUUCAACGCAAGUCUUGAGGAAUAAAGCCCUAGCUCCGGGCAGUCCAACUUCACCUGAUUUCUCAUUCGUCGGCUACGGUGGGCAAGAUGGGGAAGCAAUAACGAAUUAUGAUUCGGAGAGUCAAGUUCUCUUCUUUGUGCACUUGGUAACUGCUACGCUACAGUGCUGGAAUACAAAUCUACCCCUUGUGAAGGGCAAUGUUGCCACCCUGUUCAGUGAUUUGGAGUUUGGGACUGAUAUUUCAAUUGAUAAUCAGAGGAAUUUGCGGUUUAUCAAUUAUUUUGGCCAUGGGGUGCCCUAUUGGGAAGCUGAUAUCCCAAGCAAUGCUUACUAUCGUUUCUACAAAGCUCCCAUUGAUGACCUCAUUAAGGGUACAGUGUGUGAUCCAAGGAAUGUUUAAACAUCGAUCCUGAUUCUAACGUUGAAUCAUGAUCUUUUCAUGAAUUCUUAACAAGAUAAGAUGGGAUAUUCUCGAUAUUCUUAAGUAUUUGUACUUGGAAAAAAAAGGUUUUAAAGAAAUAAAGAAUUGAAAUAAUAUUGUAA